AUGUGCAGAAAGAAUGCAGAUAUCCCCGGUGGAAGCGUCCAUGUCGAGUCUAAUCGAGAGGUGCUGCCAACCCACGUGAAGCCCUUGCACUAUGAUUUGACCUUGGAACCGAACUUUGACGAGUUCAGCUAUAAGGGAACAGUGGUGAUUGAUCUUGAUGUCAAAGAAGACACAAAGUCCAUCUCCCUCAACACGUUGGAGAUAGACAUUCAUUCAACAAAGAUCUCGGCUGGUGGCAGCGAGGUCACCUCGUCCCCAAAGCUCGCCUACAACGAAGACAAUCAGAUGACCACAAUAUCGUUUGACAACUCGAUACCUGCAGGCUCGAAAGCUCAGCUAACGCAUACCUUUACUGGCUAUUUGAAUGAUAAGAUGGCUGGGUUUUACAGGUCAUCGUACAAGGACGAGGAGGGCAAGACACAGUACAUUGCAAGCACGCAGAUGGAGCCUACAGAUGCUCGAAGAGCUUUUCCAUGCUUUGAUGAGCCUGCUUUAAAAGCGCAGUACACCAUCACUCUCGUGGCGGAAAAGAACCUCACAUGCUUGAGCAAUAUGGAUGUGGCAUCCGAGAAGGAGGUGGAGUCGAAAAUCAGUGGAGGCAAGAAGAAGGCCGUGACUUUCAACAAGACUCCUCUGAUGUCAACCUAUCUUUUGGCGUUCAUUGUUGGAGAGCUAAAUUACGUUGAGACCAAGGCCUUCAGAGUACCCAUUCGAGUAUACGCAACACCGGACAAAGAUAUAGAGCACGGCCGAUUUUCUCUGGACCUCGCGGCAAAAACUUUGGCCUUCUAUGAAAAAGAAUUCGAUAAUGAGUUCCCAUUAACAAAGAUGGACAUGGUGGCAGUCCCUGAUUUCAGUGCUGGAGCCAUGGAGAACUGGGGACUUAUCACGUACAGGGUCGUCGACCUGCUGUAUGACGAGCAGAAGAGUGGUGCUUCGACCAAGGAGAGGAUCGCAGAGGUUGUCCAGCACGAACUUGCCCAUCAAUGGUUUGGUAAUCUUGUCACUAUGGAUUUCUGGGAUGGACUUUGGCUCAACGAAGGGUUUGCAACCUGGAUGUCGUGGUACUCUUGCAAUAAAUUCUACCCUGAGUGGAAAGUCUGGCAAGGUUACGUCGUUGGUGAUCUCCAGAGCGCACUGUCUCUUGACUCCCUGCGGAGUAGCCAUCCUAUCGAAGUACCAGUAAAACGUGCAGACGAGGUGAACCAAAUCUUUGAUGCGAUCUCAUACUCGAAAGGCUCUUGUGUGAUCCGCAUGAUAUCCCAAUAUCUUGGUGAACAGACCUUCAUGGAGGGAAUUCGGCGGUACAUCAAGAAGCAUGCAUACGGUAACACCAAAACCGAGGAUCUGUGGGCUGCGCUGAGUGAUGCGAGUGGUAAGCCUGUGGAGAAGAUCAUGGAUAUCUGGACCAAGAAAGUGGGAUAUCCAGUGGUGACUGUGACGGAGAGCAAGGACUCAAAGAGUAUCCACGUCAAACAGAAUCGAUUCCUGCGAACAGGCGAUACAAAACCCGAAGAGGACGAGACCCUCUAUCCUGUAUUUUUAGGUCUCAAGACCAAGAAUGGAGUCAACGAGGACCUCACCCUCUUUGGCCGUGAGCACGAUUUCGAAAUCCCUAACACAGACUUCUUCAAGCUCAAUGCCGACCACUCCGGUACAUACAGGACGUCCUACACCCCCGACCGUCUUGAGAAGCUCGGCCAAGCGGCGAAACAAGGCCUCCUUUCCGUGGAAGACCGCGCCGGCAUGAUCGCCGACGCUGGUGCCCUCGCCUCAUCCGGCUACCAAAAAACAUCUGGCAUCCUUUCCCUUCUCAAAUCCUUCAGCAGCGAAUCUGAAUUCGUUGUCUGGGAUGAACUUCUAACCCGCAUUUCGUCCAUCCGUUCCGCGUGGGUCUUCGAGGACCAGAAGACACAGGAUGCUCUAAAAGCAUUCCAGCGCGACCUCGUAAGCCCCAAGGCUCACGAAAAGGGCUGGGCUUUCACCCCCGAUGAAGAUCACAUUCAAGCGCAAUUCAAAGCUCUACUCUUCGGGAGCGCUGGUCUUGCUGGAGAUGAGAAAAUCAUCAAGGCCGCACAGGACAUGUUCAGGGAGUGGGCUGCCGGCAACCGGAAAGCCAUUCACCCGAACAUCCGUGGUAGCGUCUACGCCAUCGCUCUCCAAAAUGGUGGUGACAAGGAAUACGACACCAUCUUCAACGAGUACAAGAUUGCCAACGACGCAGAUGAGCGCAACACCGCACUACGCUCCCUGGGCCGCGUGAAGGGCGAGAAACUGAUUCAUCGUUCGCUGGGUCUGCCACUGAGCGACGACGUCAAGGGUCAGGACGUGUACUUGCCUAUUGCGGGGCUGAGGAGUGAGAAGGAGGGUAUUGAGGGCCUGUGGAGCUGGAUGACAGCGAAUUGGGAGUCAAUCAAUAAGAAGUGUCCCGCUAGUCUGGGCAUGCUGAGUACUGUUGUGCAGAUGUGUACAGGCGGAUUCACGUCAGAAGAACAGCUGGAGCGAGUAAGAAAGUGGUUUAAGGAGAGGAGUACCAAGGGCUUUGAUCGAGCGUUAGAGCAGAGCUCAGACACUGUACGCGCGAAAGCGAGCUGGUUGAAGAGAGACACAGGAGAUGUGGAGAGCUGGCUCUCGGAUAACGGAUAUCUGGCGAAGAGCGGACAGGAACUGUAG